GCUCUCCUCCGCCUCUGUACCCCUCCGCUCUCCUGCCACUUUUUCCCCUUCUCUUUUAUUGUGCCUUUCUCCUUUGUUCUUUACCCCUCACCCUCUUGUCUUGUUCUCUUUUCCUAGGUCUUUCUUUGCCACCUUGUCUACUCACGACGAGGGAAUCACAACUUGCCCUAUCGGCUGGCUCUAAACGUGACCAUUCCACCAUGGCCAUGGAGGACGGCGGAAGCGAGGGGAGCGGGACAUGUGAGCUACUAGGGCCAUUUGGUUUGUUGUUUCCUCCCUCCCAGGAUUCCCUUUGUGUGCGCUUCUGGGGGUUUUUAAGGGGAAUGACCGGUGAUCACAACGUGGCUAACAUGCUCUGCUUAGCCCUCUUUGUUCAAGGGGCAUUAGGUGCCUUGGCCCUGCUGUCACUUGUAUGGAAGAGAGCUCGGGAGUCGCCUCAACGACCGAUGCUUAUUUGGUAUGUUUGUUUCGAGAGCAUUACCGUGGGCGGAUUGCUCAUCAUGACCUUAGGUGGUUCGACGUUUCGAAACAGGUUGUCGGGUCCGUGCUAGUUCACAUUGCCAAUGUCCUUUUGUCCAUGCUAUCAUCCGGAACAUUCACCACCGAGCCCACCCCCAAAUUUCUAGGCGUAGCUGCCCCUGCUUUUGCACGCUUACUUCGACGCCAAGUAGAAGGCGACGAGCCCGACUUCUAUCAUCCGAACCCGUGCAGCUUUUACCUGCUAAACCUUGCUAUCGAUGUCCGAUCACCCUACCCCUUUUCGCAUAUCUCGCGCUGACCUUUGCUAACUAGACAACCGUUGGGAUCGUCAUCUUGAUAUAUCUUCUACGUCUCCUGCACGCCUUGUUCCUUCUGUCGCCAAUUCCCCUGUUCCGAACGGGAAUUUCAUCCGGAGAUUACGGCGAGCCUCCAAAAUGGUCAUACUGGGGGAAACAGUCUAUAAUAUACUUUAUGGGGCUGAUGGGAAUGAAACUUGUGGUUUGGUUGAUAUUCGCACUAUGUCCGUGGUUGGGUCGCCUUGGGGACUGGAUGCUGGCUUGGACUGAGGGGGAUAAGAGACUCCAAAUCUUCUUUGUCAUGUUUGUAUGUGCUCGUUUAGUCCUCCUGAGUUUUGGGACUGUAGGCGUCCUUUAUCAUUCUCACUAACACUCUUCAUUGCUAGUUCUUCCCAUUGGUCAUGAAUGCGAUGCAAUACUAUAUCAUCGAUUCAUACAUCAAGAACAAGAAUCCUUCGCACACUGCACUACAAGACUCUGCUCCUAUUCCAGGGCGACGGGCAUCUUCGACAUCGAUGCGAUACUCGUUCGACAGUUCCAACGAUGUGUUUUCCUCAGACGAAGAUGAAGCCACUGGUUCGAGAAACUUGCUGCAGCCCGCUUCCAAUAGGAUUCGCCGAGAUCGUCGCAGGGUGAAGAAAUCGCCCACCCCGGUGGUGGUGGAAUACAAUCCAGACACGGACGGCUCCACCCUCCGGGAUGGCCCAGAUAGUACACCGCGCUCCACAUCCCCGUCUUCGACCUCGUUCCGGGCGCUGGGAAAUGGAAGAAAGGGCCUCGGCGGGAAAGGGCUUGGUGCGGAGAGCAGCAAAAGCAGGAAUAGUUCGAUGAUGCUCUUACCCGGUAGUAGAGGUCCAAGCACCCCUGGCUAUGGAGAAGAGGAGAGCACGGGGAGAAGUUUCGGGGGGAGGAGAGGGAGCGAUUUGGAUGAUGAUGCAACAUUCCUUGGGCGCGAGGAUGACCUGGGAAGGGGUAGCGGGUAGAAUGACAGAUAGGGCCCACCUUGUCUGGGAACUUGGAUUAUCAACUUUUUUCUUUUCUUUUCCUUCUCUCAUUGAUAUAAACCAAUGGCGGGGCAUCGCUGGGAAAUGUGGGGUUUUCGAGCAAUAUGAGCUUUUGAAGCCCCAUUUCGCUCGUUUUGCACUAAAUUCUUUCACUACUCGUUAGGUGCGACCACUUCUGUAUCGACCAGAGGACAGAUGGACCUCUCAUCCCGCGAUUCGCGCAUUCCCAUCGUUUGUUCGGCAGUAUAUGUAUUUGAGCUUUCAGACGGUCUCUGCAUUCGAGUGUUUAUAUUUAUCAGCAGACGGAGUUGGGGCGAUUUGCAGAGCUUUUUUUUUUUCCUUCUUCCUUUCCCUUGGUUUCGCACGUCCGAUCCGUUUGGCAUGUCAUUAUACUCUUUUUUUUUCUCUCUCGCUUUCGGUUUGGGCUAGUCUGAUUUACCUUGCGGAAUAGCGGAUCGUUUUAUUGUACGGUAUUGAGUCGGGGGUAGAAGUGGGAAGGGGGAAUAAAUAAAUAUACAGAGGGCUUUUGAAUGACGCGACAACCAUCCUUCCGCAAGGCGGGGACAGGCCGAUGUGGUGGUAGCAUAGCGGUAAUAACUAGCAUGAUAGUAUCAAGCAGGCUGUGCGACUGACUAAACCGCCGAGUGGAGCGGGAAGAGCCGUAGACUAGACUAUGUUUUGCUCGAGUGGGACCCACGGGAGGAUCAGAGACCUUGGCUGGGUAUCGAACAGAAGGCACGGACUGAAGCCUAGUGAAUAGUAUCGUGAACGGAUGGUCAAGUGCCUUGAAGGUACUUCACACUUGUU